AUGGACGACGUCUUCUUUGAUUCUGGCGAUGAACAAAAUGAACACUUGUACAAUACAGAUCAUGAGUCUGAUGGUGAACUGGAUUCUUUCAAUGGGUUGCUUCGAGUUCCAGGUCAAAAAGUUCGUCCGCUGUCACAGCGUGUGGAAAAGUUGGUGUUGGAUUUUCGAGAGAAGCAAGAGAUCUUCAAGCGCCGGCGCCAAGACCUCGCACAAAGUGUUUCACGUGGAAUUCGAAAAGAAUUCCUGCAGCAGCAAGAACGUAUUGUCUUACGCAGCAAACAAAUGGCGAAGAAGUUACAAAGCGGACGCUCCCGAGCCUGGCGGCACAAGUGGGUGUUUGCAUUGGUGGAAGCAGACUUUGUUGUUACUGCAUUUUGGUUGGGCGCAUCUCCGCAGACUUUCCAUCUCUACUAUACAGCACAGAUGGCUGUGGUGAUGUGUGGCAAGGUCUUUGACUACAGGUUCACUGAUCAGCACUACUUUCUCUUGGACUUUUGUUUCUUUGCAAAUGCGUGUACAUUGGUGUGGUUGUGGAUCUGUCCUACCUCUGGCUACUUGUUCAAUGCAGUGGAAUCCUUCUGCGGGGUGUUGGCGUUAUCCGUUCCACUCUUCCGAAAUUCCUGUGUGCCCCAUGACUUUGCGCGUAUCUCAAAUGCCUAUGUUCACUAUCCACAGGUUCUUUUGGUUCUAAGCAUGAUUUGGAGUUCUGAUGGAGAAAAGCGCCAAGGUAUUGAAGCUGGUAUGGCAGAAUCCUGGUCUGCCAGGCUAUUUCAAGCAUGGUCUGUGUACAUGUCGUGGGCUGUCCUUUACGCUUCAGUGAUCUUCGUUCUAGCAAAGAAGCGAAUCGAGCGAAAGCGGAGGGACACAUUGUACGGUUACUUUGCUCAUACACUCGGCUUCAAGGACAAGUUGCCAACCUGGUUAAGAGAUUAUUCUGGAAUCGUUUUUAUGCUGGGUCACCAGACGCUCUUUAUGUCCGGAAUCGGAUACAUUUUCUUGCCCUUCUCGGUUCAGGUCGUUGCCAUUCUUUUGGCCAUCACCAUUUUUUUUCACAAUGGAGGACGAUUCUACGUAGAUCACUUCUGGAAAGCGCAUGAGCGCAAUACGGUUCUUUACUUGGAUGCAGCCACUAGUAUGAUGACCAAAGCAUCCAAAGAAGGCAGUCACAGCAGCCUGGAGAGCAAAUGCACAGAUGACUCCCCAGGAUGA